CAAUAAUACCCUAAUUCACCGAUAAUAUUUGAACUGAACUUAAAAGCCUUUUGCAGUUUUGCCUUGUAGCAGCUUUCGGCCAUGGAAGACGAAGAACCCGUGGGCACCCGAGCUGUCCAUAUCAAAAAGAGAGCCCUCAAGAACAAAGCCCUCUCUGUUACUUUCAAUGAGAAGGACCUCAACGAUUUUGUAACUGGGUUUCACAAGAGGAAGAAGAAGAGGAGAAAAGAAGCCCAGCAGAAGCAACAAGAAGCUGAAAGGCGAAAACGUAUUGAUGCCCGCAAAAAGAGAAAAGAAGAAAAAGAAUUUGCUAUAUAUGGUGGAGCUCCACCUGAUUCAACUGCUGAACCUGAUGAAUCUGGUGAUGACAACAACAGUGAAGAAGAUGAGCCAACAGCAUCAGUGUCAGGUACGACAACGUAUGACAAUGGUGAUGUGAAAGUGACAGUGAUGACAAGUGAGAUCUCUCGAGAAGAAGACCAUCCGAUUCCAAGGCCGAUGCCAGAAGCAUCUAAGCUUGUAGAGGUUUCUGAAAAGAAGAAACAUAAAGUGCCUAUUGUCAAGAGGAAACAAUUUAAGAAGACGUCAAAAAAGAAAUCUCAUCCAAAGCCACAAAGUAAAAGGGACAAAAGGAAGGGAAAAACUAAAAGUAAAAGGCGUUAGGCUAUAUGCUAUUUUCCCCCGUCCUCUCUCUGCAACAUCCUCAUAGAGGUAGCUAUAUUCUUUCAUAGCCUAUACUUCCUGUCAUCUAUCAAAUGUAUGCCAAUACUUGAUUUGAUGGCAAGAUGUACAAGUUUCUAGGAUUAAGCUUAAAGUUAGGUUACUUACAAGCUAAGAUGGUUACAAUUUUCUCCUUCGGUUAACCUAGAUUUGAUUGAAUACUAUUUCAAUUUGGUAGUAGUUGGGUUCACUGUACCUAGUUAACUGUUUUUCAAGCAGUGAGCUGUUUCAAUAUAAUCAUCAUUCCUUUGAGUUCUGAUGACAUUCUAGUCUGAAUUGGAUUGUCCUUUGCUCUCAAGUUUGAAGAAUGACCAG